CUGAAAUGAAUAUCCGCUGGCUUACGUUCUUGGCUGCGGCUUUAGCUGCUCUGGAACUACCUAAAGCUCUGGCCUGGGUUCAAUCCCAGUGUGCGGCGUGUCCAGAUCAAUUCAAGGGCAAGUUGGUCUGCGCCUUCCUCAACGGUUGCCACUUGGAAAUGGAGUACUGUGCCUUGAUGGUCUUCAAUUGCGGCCGCCAGUUGCAUCAUAAGCACUUGAUCCUGGUGAAGAACGAGGGCAGGUGCGAGUCAGUACGGGGAUACAAAUGCGUGGUCAUGGAUUUCUAAGUUCUGGCGGAUACAGCCGCAUUUAUUGAAUGAUGCAAUGAUUACAUUUUAAAGUGCUUAUACUGAGUGAAUGUGUGGUGAUGUGAUCAUUAAAACUUGACAAUAUGUCCGGUGAAAUAGA